AUGGAUGAGGUAUGGGAUGAUCUGCAUAUAAAGCAUACCGAUCUUGCGAGCGCCAAGACCACUACUCUUGCGUUUGCAAUCUGCAACCGCCGAGGCCCAAACUUCUAG